AUGGCGGACGUGGAGUGCGUCGCCGCGGGGCCGGAGGAGAUAUGGCGGCGCCGGCCCAAGACCAAGAUCGUCUGCACCCUCGGCCCGGCCUCGCGCUCCGUCGAGAUGUGCGCGCGCCUGCUGCGCGCCGGCAUGUGCGUCGCGCGCUUCAACUUCUCCCACGGCUCCCACGAGUACCACCAGGAGACCCUCGACAACCUCCGCAAGGCCAUGGACCUCACCGGCCUCCUCUGCGCCGUCAUGCUCGACACCAAGGGACCAGAGAUUCGCACGGGCUUUUUGAAAGAUGGCAAGCCUGUUAAGUUGACGCAAGGCAAAGAGAUUACGAUCACCACUGAUUAUUCCAUAAAGGGUGAUGAGAACAUGAUUUCUAUGAGCUACCAAAAGAUUGCUGUCGACCUGAAGCCUGGGAGCACUAUACUUUGCGCUGAUGGAACCAUUACACUCACUGUGCUUUCAUGUGAUCCUGCACAAGGCUUGGUUCGUUGCCGUUGUGAGAACUCUGCUCUCCUUGGGGAGAGAAAAAAUGUCAACCUUCCUGGAGUCAUUGUGGAUCUUCCAACAUUGACAGAAAAAGACAAAGAGGAUAUCUUGAAGUGGGGUGUACCAAACAAAAUAGACAUGAUCGCCUUGUCCUUCGUACGCAAAGGAUCAGAUCUUCAGUUGGUCCGAAGUGUGCUUGGUGAGCAUGCCAAGUCAAUCCUACUAAUGUCCAAGGUUGAGAAUCAAGAAGGUGUUGCCAAUUUUGAUGAGAUUCUUGCAAACUCAGAUGCUUUCAUGGUUGCCAGAGGGGAUUUGGGAAUGGAGAUACCUAUUGAGAAGAUAUUCUAUGCGCAGAAGGUGAUGAUCUUCAAAUGCAAUGUGCAAGGAAAGCCUGUUGUUACCGCAACCCAGAUGCUGGAGUCUAUGAUCAAAUCUCCUCGCCCUACACGAGCAGAAGCAACGGAUGUUGCCAAUGCUGUCCUGGAUGGCACCGAUUGUGUGAUGCUUAGUGGUGAGACUGCAGCUGGGGCGUAUCCAGAGCUAGCAGUGCAGACAAUGUCUAGAAUUUGCUUGCAAGCAGAGUCACAUACAGACUACGGAGCCAUUUUCAAGUUAAUUAGUAAUGCUGCCCCAAUCCCUAUGAGCCCACUGGAGAGUUUGGCGUCAUCAGCUGUUCGAACUGCCAAUAUCUCCAAGGCGUCACUCAUUUUGGUCCUCACCAGGGGAGGAACAACCGCAAGGCUUGUGGCGAAGUACAGGCCAGCCAUGCCAGUGAUAUCCGCCGUGGUCCCAGAAAUGAAGACAGAUGAUAAUUUCAACUGGACUUGCAGCGACGAACGCCCCGCCAGGCACAGCAUGAUUGUUAGGGGCCUGAUCCCGAUGCUGAGUGCUGCUACCUCAAAGGCUUCUGAUACCGAGGCAACUGAGGAAGCCAUCAACUUUGCCAUAGAUCAUGCGAAGAAGCUCAAGAUAUGCAACUCUGGAGAUUCAGUUGUCGCGUUGCAUCGUAUUGGCGCAUCAUCUAUCAUCAAGAUCUUGACAGUCAAUUAGUGUCCAUGAUGUGGGGUUGGUAUUCGUGAGGGCAAAUUUUGUUAGGCUGCGAUUGGACCCUUUGCUAGAAUCAUUUUGUUGGCUCACCGCUUGUCUUGAGCUUCGAAGGUUGUCUUUUUAGUAGGAACCAAAAGGAUGGCGUCUUUUGCUGUAGGGAAACAACGCCACGCGUUCGCUGAGCAUUGCAUACGUUUGAAAACUCAAUAAUACAUAACUUAUAUGCUAAUGUGUCGUGUUUCCUGUUGAUCUGGUCA